AUGCCUUAGAAAUUUAGACAGAAUCGGGGUCAGCAGCAGAAAAAUGCCCUCAUUUCUGACCUCAGCUUUCCUUCGCCAAAGCCGGGCUCCAGUUUGGUCACCACCGCCCCAGCUCCCUUCGAAGCGCCGCUGUGGUGGCAGGGAGAUCGGGCGCCUCGUUGUCACAGCCGCCGCGGUUGUCCAGAUCUUUCACACAGAUAUUAAAUGCUGCCUUAACCCAUAGCCCCAGGCCCGAUGAAGUGUGGUGUCACCUCUGCGGAAUUUGUAUCCCAGGACUAAAGUUGUGCAAGAAGAGCUGGAUGCCCUCUUGGAACAGCAAAGCACUAUAGAGAACAAGAUGGUAGCGCUUCAUCGCAUGGGCCCUAAUUUGCAGCUUAUUGAGGGGGAUGCCCAGCAGUUGGCAGGGAUGAUCACCUUCACCUGCAACCUGGCUGAGAACGUCAGCAGUAAAGUCCGUCAGCUUGACCUUGCCAAGAAUCGACUCUAUCAGGCAAUUCAGAGAGCUGAUGACAUCCUGGACCUAAAAUUCUGCAUGGAUGGAGUUCAGACAGCCCUGCGAAAUGAAGAUUAUGAACAAGCAGCAGCUCAUAUCCAUCGCUAUCUGUCUCUGGAUAAAUCAGUCAUUGAGCUCAGUCGACAGGGCAAGGAAGGGGGCAUAAUUGAUGCCAACCUGAAGCUCCUGCAGGAAGCAGAGCAGCGUCUGAAGACUAUUGUCACAGAGAAAUUUGACAUGGCUAUGAGGCAGGGAGACCUGCCCCAGGUGGAACGGUUCUUCAAGAUAUUUCCUCUGCUAGGCUUACAUGAAGAGGGGCUAAGCAAGUUCUCGGAGUACCUCUGCAAGCAGGUGGCCAGCAAAGCAGAGGAGAACCUGCUGCUGGUGAUGGGGACAGACAUGAGUGACCGUCGAGCUGCUGUCAUCUUUGCAGAUACCCUGACACUGCUCUUUGAAGGGAUUGCUCGCAUUGUGGAGACCCACCAACCCAUCGUGGAGACUUACUAUGGUCCAGGGAGGCUGUACACUCUCAUCAAGCACCUGCAAGUGGAGUGUGACCGGCAGGUGGAGAAGGUGGUGGACAACUUCAUCAAACAGAGGGACUAUCACAGGCAGUUCCAGCAGGUUCAGAACAGCAUGAUGAGAAGUUCUUCUACAGAGAAGAUUGAGCCAAGGGAACUUGACCCUAUUUUAACAGAGGUAACCUUGAUGAAUGCCCGCAGUGAGCUCUACCUGAGGUUUAUCAAGAGACGAAUAAUAUCUGAUUUUGAGGUGGGAGACUCCAUGGCCUCAGAGGAGGUAAAGCAAGAGCAUCAGAAAUACCUGGACAAGCUCCUCAACAACUGUCUGCUGAGCCGUACCAUGCAAGAGCUUAUUGGCUACUACAUCACCAUGGAGGAAUACUUCAUGAGGGAAACUGUCAACAAGGCUGUUGCCAUGGACAGCUACGAGAAGGGCCAGCUCACCUCCAGCAUGGUGGAUGAUGUGUUUUAUAUCGUGAAAAAGUGCAUUGGGCGCGCUCUAUCCAGCUCCAGUAUAGACUGUCUCUGUGCCAUGAUCAACCACUCCACCACAGAGCUGGAGUCCGACUUCAGGGAGGUUCUGUACAACAAGCUGAAGCAGGGCUUUCCAGCCACCACCUUCCAGGACUUCCAGAGAGGGGUGACCAGUGCCGUGAGCAUCAUGCACAGUAGCCUCCAGCAGGGCAAGUUCGAUACCAAAGGCAUCGAAAGCACCGACGAGGCCAAGCAGUCCUUUCUGGUGACCUUAAACAAUGUUGAAGUCUGCAGUGACAACAUCAUGACCCUAAAGAAGACUUUGGAGAGUGACUGCACCAAACUGCUCAGCCAAGGUAUUGGGGGGGAACAAGCGCAGGCCAAGAUUGACAGUUGCCUCUCUGACAUGGCUGCAGUCUCCAACAAAUUCCGUGACCUCCUGCAAGUGAGUAUUUUGUCGUUACUGCCGGCCUCCAACACAUGGUGGCAGGAAUCAUGGCCUGGGCCAUGUCUGACUCCAGGAGUCCUGGGUAGGGGGACAGAAGGAGGCAAAUCAGUCCACUUUGGGACCUGUGAACAGAUCCAGCCCCUUUGUACAGACACAUUGGCUGGGCAGCUGCAGAAGAGCUCUGGAAGCAGCUGCAGAGCCGGAAGGGAUGUUCCUUUGUCUUCGCUCAGUACACAGUAGUAGCCAUUUCAGCAUUUCAAGGAUAAGAAAUAUUAAUAGCAUUCCCAUCUACUCUGUUCUCCCUUGUGGUCUGGCAUGUUGCUGAGACGUCCGGAGCCUCGUUAGUCAACACUCUAGAAGGGACGGUGGUGGAGAAGCAGCUGCUCUUCUCUCAGGUUCCACCUCCUUUCCCCAAGUGGAAAUGCUCCCCUAGUUAGGACAGAAGGUGCUUUGGCUAAAGUCAUUCUCUCAUGUGGCAUGCUGGAACCUUUUCCUCUAGACUUUCACAGUGGUCUCUGACAGGAAGGGGAGCAGGAAGGCCCAAUACUCCUGUGGAAAGAAGCCAAGCAAAAGAGACCACUUUGAACCAGGUUUGCUAUCAUCUUACUUCACAGAGAGGCGAGACAAUUUUUUACAUGGCAAUCAGAUGCCUUCAGACUGGUACUGCAGGUGAACCCUCUUGAGGCUCCUGGUCAAUAUUGAAACCAAACAGCUCAUGAAUAAGCAGUAAAACUCCAGUCUAGUGCUGGUGCAGUAUUAAAACUGGCUACAAAGUAAUCAAGAUGCUAGGCAACCAGUUCCCGCACUGCCUGAGUCACACACAUUGCAUUUGCCUUGGAAAAGGGCAAUUGCCAGCACGGCCUGCUCAGAAACGCCAAUUUUAGUUAAAAACUUUCAUCAAAUGCCAGGCAGUGUUAGUACCUGAAUGGUUUCAUGCUGGGUGAGCUUUCUUGACAUCUUGCUGAGCCAAAUGGGGGUGGUUGGCAGGAGAGGGUUUUUAGAGAGUUCUAUAGCAUUAGAGCAGAUAGAACAGCCUUUGCUGACAACCUGCGGCUCGGGGGAGAUGGCGUGUGCUAGGGUUAUGAUUAAUUUAGGGAACUAACUGUGGUUACAGCUUCUAUCUCUUCUUUUAGCUUCCUCCUACUGAGCUAAGCUGCACUGGAGGAGAGAGGUAUGAGUUGAGUGCAAUCACAGUGUCCUAUUGGCUGGCACUGAAUGGAAAUGCGGGUGUUUGCGUCCUUUCCUGUCUCAGUGGGAUGUGCACUGAGCGCCUCUCUCCUGCUGGGAAACCCCCUGCAGCUGCACGGGAAGUAUGAAUCCUUCAGACAGGCUGCAAGUCAACACAAGGGCAGCUUCUGGGCCUAUCUUUCCACCUUCUGCCACAGUAAUGUCCCUGGGGCCAUCCAGCAUCAGAAGAAUGUGGGAUCUGGCACUAGGACACCUGGGUUCAGUUUCCUGUGCAAGUCUGCGGGUCGGUUUCCUCAGCUUGCAGGGAGGAUGUGAGGCAGCAUCAGGAUGGCUUGGCUGGCUCAGUUGUGUUGUUGGACAUUAAGCAUGCUCAGUUGCUCUCAUGUCCUCUUCCUGUCCCCCCCCCCCAAAGGUCUCAAUGAGCUGAACAGCACAGCCAUCAAACCCCAGGUGAAGCCCUGGAUCAACCUGUUCCUCUCCGUCUCCCAUAACAUCGAGGAGGUAAGGCUCAGCGUUCUCUCGUUCCAGCUGUACUCCUGCACUGUCCAUCCUCUGAACAGCAGUGCAAUCGGAGCAACCACUCUCUCAUUCUCUGCUGUUUCCUCAGCACAGAAAAGGAGGUAAACUCCCAGAACUUGCUCUGCAUCCCAUCCUGACCAGCGGCACUUGGCUUGAGAGGAGCCUAAGAAAAUGGAAGGGGUGCAGUGCUGCCCUAGGAGGCACCACCCUCCCUUUCCUCAGGGCUAAUUACUGCUGUUGACAAUAGGCCAAAUAAACAACUUUUUUUUUUUUUCUUAUCU